AUGUCAUUAAAUAACCCGGGCGGGUUCAUCGUCACUAUCCGUCGGGCAGAAGAUGACUGCGACAAGCCAUGUAUCUUCCGCUGGAACUUCCUGCAGGAUGGAUGGGGUCCGUCUGGCUUUAUGCUCUUUCAGCGAACGCCAGAUGGUCUGAAAAGGGUGGAGGGGACGCCCAAGCCAUCACCUCCCCAGACGUGCAAGCUCACAGGAUAUGAAGCCGAGAUGGAAGAACUUCUUCCGGGCCAAACUCUCCAGAGAAAUAUAGGCCACCCGUAUCCCUUCUGGGACCACAUGGUCGCCGGUGAGAGAUACGAGCUCUUCUGGCCGGGGGCGGAAUAUGCCUUGUGGGCAUGGGGCACCUUACGCGAGAAUUGGGGUCAAGAAAUUGGGGCUUUCUCGGGGCUACCACCUGUUGUUAUCCCCGGGGGGCCUUGCUGUUCGUUUACCUGCGUCGAGGUGGAAGAACGGUCGGACUCUGAGCCCGACGACCCUUGGGUGGAGAAAUCCGAACGAAUCCCUGGCACCCCUUGCAUCAGUGUGUUUCUGGAAGGCCCAUCGACGAUUUCCCGAAGGGAAAAGAUUUGUAUCACAGUGAAGAUCACCUACGAGGGUUUGACGAACGGGGAUCACGAGGCUAGCGGCGCAGGUACAAAGCCGAUCAUCAUACACGACUACCCGUUUUCGGGUGAUAACUUUCGACUGCAACGCCGCUGCCACGACCAGUGGAAGACUUAUUUUGACGACGAACAGAAUCCGGGUUGGAUGAUUGUCGAUGAACCGGACGUCGAGGUCAACGUCGCGGAUUCGGCGUUCUUCUGCAGCCUCAAACCGGGGGAAACUCUGGUCAGACACCGUUCCCUCGGCUAUCUCGACCUGCAUCCCGAUACGGUGGUCGGCGACACAUAUCGAUACCGGUACUGGGGCGGCUGCGUGGACUGGUGGAUCUGGGGUGAUCGCGAAGAGCAUGCGAAGACUGUAGUGAAAUUACCAUGUUGGCUGAAUGAUCAUGUCGUUGACCCCGCUGAUAAUGAUGGAAGGCCCGUUAUCAUAGUACCGUCAUCUAAUUUUGUCGAGUUUACUGUUGUUGAUUGA